AUAUCUAUAUACACACACACACACUCAUUCCUUUGCUUCCCAAAUAAACUAAACUAAAAUACACAAUUUAUGAUGCCUGGUUCAUUAUAUAUCCUAUAUAUCUUCGGUCGGUUUGCCAAUCGAUUCCCCUUUAUGCUGAGAAAGAUGUCCCCGGGAAAGGACGAGGGAUUUUUGUUAGCAUCGUUGCGCCUGGGAAAAAGUUAAUCACUCGAAAGGGAACACUAAACAUGAGAAGGAGCAAUAAAUCCGAAAAACAAAGAUAAACAUAUCAUGGACGCGUUGAAUGAAUGGGAACAAAAUAAUUAUGAUGGAAAGGGCGAAAAAAAAAAAAAGAAAAAUCCAACACACAUAGUUUAUAGUUAAUGAAGCAGAAAAAGGGCAACGUGUGAGGAAAAGCAGCGGGUUUUCCGGUGGAAAAGGACGAGGAGGACGCAGAAAGCUGCUCCCGUGCCACGUGGACUCCUGAUCCGCCGUCGGAUCGCGAUGCCAAUAAGGAUCCCCACCAGAGAUCAGAUCAUUGACAUCCAUUCCCAUCGCGAGAGGGAGAGAAAGAGAGAGUGAGUUUGUUUUUGUUGUGCUACAGACCACAGACACAAAAGGGAAACUGCUCAGAACUCGAAAAAAAUAAAGAAAAGGGAGAAAGAAACUCUGCAGGAAGAUCAGAGAGAGAGAUGAGCUGGGGAACUUAAAUAGGGAAGAGAGGAGGGAGAAAGAGAAGAUGGGGAUGGCGGCGUUGCAGUUGCAGUAGCAGAGAAAGGUGUAAUUGUGGGGUGGUGGGGCGUUUAAUUGUUCGUAUUAAUGCAUAUACACGCUGCGAUACAGCAGCAGAAGAAGAAGGCGGAGCAGGAGGAGGAGCGAAUUGAAACGCUGCUGGACGCCUGUCCUUAACCAACAACGAGCUCCAAUUUGAUCCUCUUCCCCACCCAAAAAUCCAACCAUAUCAUCCCCAUCAAACACCUUCCCUUAAUUAGCUGCCCAGCACGCUCUUUGAGAUUUCCCACAAAACACCAAAACCCGAGAGAGAGAGAGACACACACACACACACCCCCAUCGCUUACUACACGCUCAUACCCUCACCAAAACCCGAGAAUUCUCCAAUUUACUCCUUGUUUCUCCUCAUUCAAGGCUCACUACCCAGAGAAUUAAUUCAACCAAUAGUUACUUCGCCAUUUUUUCUCCUCUUCUUUCUUAUCUGGUUUCCCCAUACAAUAUCCACAAAGAUCGAGUCGUCUCUGAUAUGGAUUAUUGGCCACAAUUGAGGUCUAGGUCAGGUAUAGAGGAAGCUAAACAAUGGCGGGUUUGUUCUCACUAGGCGGCGGAGGAGGUAGGGGAGGAGGGAGCAACCAGGACGACGAACCCCACCACAAUAACCCACCCACUGGAGUUCCUCAUCCAGACGCCUUAUUUUGGUACAAGAAUAAUGAAGACGUAUCUUGUUACAGAGGCUUCGAGCUGUGGAACCAGCAGCACCAGCCGGUCAUGCCUCCUCAGGCGAGGCCGCUUCUCCACCAAGAUCUUUACUCCUUAGGGGUGGGGCCGAGCAGCAGGAGCUCCGAUGAUCAGUCUUCGUCGAGAUCGGGCGUCAUGAUGAUGCGUUCCGCCGGCGGGAGCAGCGGCGGAGGAAUAAGCUGCCAAGACUGUGGGAACCAGGCGAAGAAGGACUGCCCACACAUGCGGUGCAGGACUUGCUGCAAGAGCCGUGGCUACGACUGCCAGACGCAUCUGAAGAGCACUUGGGUUCCGGCGGCCAAGCGACGCGAGCGACACCAGCAGCAGCAGCAGCAACUUCAGCUUCGAGGAGACAACAAUCCCAAGAGGCUGAGAGAUACUUCUAAUAAUAACCCCAGCACCUCAACUCAUGUGCAAAUACCCACUCACUCUUCAUCAGCAGAAGGGUUAGAGCAUGGGAAUUUUCCAGCAGUGGUGAGUUCCUCCGCGGAGUUCCGGUGCGUGCGGGUUAGCCCCAUGGACGAGGCUGACGAGCAAUACGCGUACCAAACGGCUGUGAACAUCGGAGGCCACGUAUUCAGAGGAAUUCUCUACGACCAUGGCCCCGAUCCCAAUUACACGUCCACCGCUGAUACCUCUCCCGGUGGAGCCGUUCAGCCUCUCAACCUCAUUGCCGCCACCGGUGUUUCUGCUCUUCCCGCUGCCACAACAAGCGGUGGUGCCGCCGCCGGGGGUUCCUCCGCUGGUCCGCUCCUCGAUCCUUCCUUGUAUGCGGCCUCGCUUGGCACUUUCAUGUCUGGCAGCGGUACGCAGUUCUUUCCUCACCCAAGAUCUUGAAAAACCCAAAUAAAAUAAAGAUAGGUUACCAACUUUGUCUUUCAAGCUUGGAACAUCUAAUAUCAUAUCAUUAUUGUAGUGGUAAAUUUGAUAACCAUUCAAGUAGGAGACAGAGAAAGAAAGAAAGAAAGAAAGAGAAAAUGCAGACGAUCGUUGCUCCAUAUUUGAUUUUAUGCAAAUUUCAAUGCCUAGUCAUUUUAAAAUGAAGUUCCUCUUCUCCUUCUCGAGAGCCAUCUGUAUGAAUACGACGUAGUGGACCUCUAAAUUCUAACAUGGUAGUACAACGCUUCUUUAAUUUUGUAUUUCAUAUUUCACUUAUUUCUUGGUGAUCUCCUUCAUGUUUAAUAUUAAUAAUGAUGCUUUCUUGUUGGUUUUGAA